AUGGAGAAUGAAGCAAUAGUCAGAAAAUAUGUGCAAAUCAACGAUGCCAAUAGGCAGAAUUUACCGCUUAUCGGCAACCAUGGAAACACCGAUAACUCCAGUUCGAAUAAGAAGUCCUCAUACUCCAGCUUCUCGGAUCCCUGCGAGGAGUCGAUCUAUGGUCACUUUGGCUGGGUCCAGUUGGGCAAGGUGUUAAUCCCGUACAUUUUUAGGCAAUCGGAGAAGUACUGCUCCGUACGCAUGAUCGAACAGAAGAUACUAGGCCAGUAUCUAGACUUCCUGCAUUCAGAUUUCUACUCCAGUUGCUCCUGCGUCCCCAGCUAUUAUAUCACUGAUGCCGAGGCUCGUCUCUUUAACGAGAUCAAUCAAUGUCAUUGCGAUGGCCAAUUCGGUCCGGAUAUCUUCAAUCAAAAAGAUCUGAUUGUGCGUUUGAGUGAUGCCUCCCAAUUAAAUCUGUUCCUCGCCAUUUGCUACCGCAAGUUGGUGUCGGACAUCAAGAAUCCUUCAGAAAAAUGCGGCUUUUUACGGAUCAACAAGGAAUCGGUGGUUCCAUACACUGUGCACAACAAUCAGCAGGUUGUGCCGUUCUUCUACUUUGAAGGUGAGACUGAGAGUCUAAAGACCAAGGCGGUGGUGCUCAGUGGCUGGAAUUUGGCCUAUCUGAAGUUCUGCUGCAAGGUUCAGGGCAUAAACAACAAUCACUUCUCCAGCGAAAAUUUGGAUGUGGUCUCGCUGACUGUCAUUAAGAGCUACUUUCCCAAUGGCACCGAAUUCGAGGAAUUCUGGCCCAGUAAGGCCAUUUUCUGGAAUCUCCCGAUUAACAAUCGUGACAGUGUCAAUAACGGCGGCGGCUGCAUCGAUAACACUGUGCAGCAUUUUUAG